AUGAAAGAGAUUUGGAAGGAGAACCAUGUGAAGGAAGUAGGCAACCUUCACUGUCUACUCAACCCAGUGCUUGCAGACAGCGUAUUCCGCCUUGCUAUUCAGAAUUGGUAUAAGGGGGUCGAUCCCGACCCGGAAUCCGAACCCGUCGAGUUCGGAAACCCAGAGUCCGAGGUUAACUCCGAUAGGGCUGAAUUUAUCAGUGAACUCUUUGAGAAGAGCAAGGAGGAGUCUUUUAAGGAUUGGAUCGGCCCUCUUAUGAAGCAGGCGAUUAUCAAGGCAAAACCACUUGUUUUUCAGACCCUCAAAAAGACUAUUGAUAAGAUCAUUAAGCAAAUUGGAGAAGACAGUCCGAGGGUUUCCUGA